AUGACUGCAUCUGGAUGCACCUCCACCGUGGAUGACCUGCAAGCGGUCGAGAUCCACCACUGGUACAAGAAGUUCAUGACCGAGUGUCCGUCCGGGCAGCUGACCGAGCACGAAUUCAAGCAGUUCUUUGGGCUGCGGGGGCUGGAUCCGGAGGCCAACGAGUACAUCGAGCAGAUGUUCCGCACGUUUGAUAUGAAUAAGGACGGAUAUAUCGAUUUCAUGGAAUACGUGGCCGCGCUCAGCCUCGUUCUUCGGGGGAAGAUGGAGCAAAAGCUGCGCUGGUAUUUCAAGCUCUAUGAUGUGGACGGCAAUGGCUGCAUCGACCGGCACGAGCUGCUCAACAUCAUUAAGGCUAUCCGAGCAAUCAACGGCUGCGACCAUGAGACGAGCGCGGAGGAGUUCACCAACCGCGUCUUCGACAAGAUUGAUGUCAACGGCGAUGGGGAGCUGUCGCUGGAUGAGUUUGUGGAAGGAGCCCGAAAGGACGAGGAGUUCAUGGAGGUGAUGAUGAAGAGCUUGGACCUAACCCACAUCGUGUCUAUGAUCAACAACCGUCGGCACAGCAUCUAGACUCGGCUGGGGCAGCGCGGCGUGAGCGAGAGGCCGAGCUGUGUGGGCCCCAGGCAGGGCGCGGGUGUGAGGAUGUCAGCCAUGGAGCGGGGAGCUGCAGGUGGAGGGAUGUGGCGGUGUGAGUGUGCCCGUGUGUGCAUGCACAGCCUGAGAAGCUCAGACAUGCACGAUCAGGUCUGGGUCCUGCUCAGGGCUGCUGGAUGGACCGGCUAGGGCCAGGGGCCAGGGACCAGGGGUCAGGCUGGCCCAAAGGGCUCCACCAUGCCAGCUAGAGGUGUGCAAAGUGGGGGGGAGUGCUUGUGCAGGGAGUUGGAGACAGGGUGAUGGAGGAAGGCAAGUCUGCACCUCACCAGGCUGUGUUUCUACCACACAGCCCAGGGCCACAGGUAGUUCAUCCCGCCCCGGGUGAGGUGGGCCUGGGUCUGCAGGGCUGGCCCCAGUCUGGAGUGGCCCUGCACACACCACCAAGCAGCUGGGCAGGAACCCAACCCCCCAGGCACACCUGGUGCGCUACCCACUGCUCCCGCACAGCCCUGCUGAGGAGCAUCCCCCACGCGGAGACAACAGGGUGAGGAGUGGUGUCCGCAAGAGCGGCACAGGACUCUGCCCAGCCUCCAAAGCCCUCACCGUGCCCCCAGCACCAGCGUGCUGUGCCCCAGGCCCUGUUCCCCUCUACCAUGAUGCCACCGGAGUUGAUAGCACUGGCACAGACUGGCAGAGAGGAGAGCCGGAUGCCCAUUUCAUCAGGGAAGGGGAGAUCCCAUGGAUGGCAGCCCCAGGGGCUGUGCCCCUCGCUCGGCCUUGAUUAGCGGAAGAGGUGGAAAGUCACUGCCCCUGCCCCUGCCCUGAGUGGCCCUGUGCCCACACAGCGUAAACGGGAGAUUUUAGAUACUUGCCUUUCUUCAGCCUGGUGCCACUCUCCAGAGGAGGAGGAGAUCCUGCUGGAUCCAGCACCAGGGAGAUUCCCUCAGGCCCCAUCUCAAGCGGAUCUGCAAAGAGCCCCAGGAAAUGUCCAGGAAAGGGAUGCUUUGCACAAACGAGGCAAUGAAUGAAAUACAGUUUUCAGGAGCUGCCGGAAGAUGCGGCUGGAGCUUUUCUGUUGGAGAAGGUUGCUGUUUGCAGGCUCCAGGCCACGUCCAUCCGGGGGGUGGUGGAGCCUGCCAUGUAUGUGCCUUUAUCAGGAAAUUUUUUUUUUUCCCUUGGGGAGGGGAUUUGUAACAGGCUGUGAUUUUUCUGUACUA